CAACUCAGGACUCUACACACGCCCGGAAGUAGGAGGACACAGGACCAUGUUCAAGGAGACGGUGACGUUCAAGGACGUGGCGGUGGUCUUCACGGAGGAGGAGCUGGGGCUGCUGGACCCCGCCCAGAGGAAGCUGUACGGAGACGUGAUGCUGGAGAACUUCAGGAAUCUGAUUUCUGUGGGUGAGCAUAGGCACUAUCCCUUUAGACAUGAUAUAUUCCGCUUAGAGAGAGCAAAAAAGCUUUGGAUGAUGCUAGCAACCGACAGAGAAGAGAGAUCAGGAGGAAAGAUCCAAAGUAAGAUGAAGACUGUUAUAGAAGCAGAACCACCUGAAGAGCUUUCCUGCUGGCGGAUCUGGCAACAGAUUGCAAGUGACUUAACCAGGUGUCAGGGCUCCAUGAUAAAGAGUUCUCAGCUCCCCAAACAAGGUGAUUCACCCGGACAGGUUGGAGCAGGACAGUCUGCAACUCACACAGGCCAAAAACCUAAUCAGUCUAGUGAAUUUAAGAAAUAUUUCAGUGAUGUCUCCAGCCUUGAUCUUCAUCAACAAACACACUCAGGAGUGAAGUCUCAUACCUGUCGUGAGUGUGGAAAAAGCUUCUGUUACAGCUCAGCACUUCAUAUUCAUCAGAGAGUUCAUCUGGGAGAGAAACGUUACAAGUGUGAUGAGUGUGGUAAGGAAUUCAGCCAGAGCUCAUGUCUGCAAACUCAUCUGAAAGUUCACACUGUGGAGAAGCCAUUCAAAUGUGAGAAGUGUGGGAAUGGCUUCUGUCGUAGAUCAGCACUUAAUGUUCAUUAUAAAUUGCACAUGGAAGAGAAACCUUAUAAUUGUGACCAGUGUGGAAGGGCCUUCAUUCAUGCUUCACAUCUUCAGGAACAUCAGAGAAUCCACACUGGGGAGAAACCCUUCAAAUGUGAUAAAUGUGGUAAGAGUUUCCGACGUAGAUCAUCACUUAAUAGCCAUUGUAUGGUCCAUACGGGAGAAAAACUGUACAAAUGUGAGGAGUGCGGGAAGUGUUUCUUUUGUAGCUCAAAUCUUCAUAUCCAUCAGAAGGGCCACACACGAGAGAAACCUUAUAAAUGUGAGGAGUGUGGGAAGGGCUUCAUUCAGCCUUCACAUUUUCGGGCCCAUCAGAGAAUCCAUACUGGAGAGAAACCGUAUGUAUGCAAAGUGUGUGGUAAAGGUUUUACUAUGAGUUCAAAUCUUCAGGCACAUCAGAGAGUCCACACAGGAGAGAAACCAUACAAAUGUGAUGAGUGUGGGAAGAACUUCGGUACAAAAACCCGUUAUCAAGUUCAUCUGGUAGUCCACACGGGAGAGAGACCCUAUAAAUGUGAGGUAUGUGGGAAGGACUUCAGUCAGAGAGCAUAUCUUCAAUCCCAUCUGAAGACCCACAGCAUAGAGAAACCUUACAAGUGUGAGGAGUGCGGGCAGGGCUUCAAUCAGAGUUCCCGACUUCAGAUUCACCAGCUGAUCCAUACUGGUGAGAAACCACACAAAUGUGAAGAGUGUGGGAAGGGAUUCAAUCGUAGAGCAGAUCUCAAAAUUCAUUGCAGAAUCCACACAGGAGAGAAACCAUUUAAUUGUGAGGAGUGUGGGAAAGUAUUCAGGCAGGCCGCAAAUCUUCUGGCCCAUCAGAGAAUCCAUAGUGGAGAGAAACCAUUCAAAUGUGAGGAGUGUGGGAAGAGUUUUGGUCGCAGUUCACACCUUCAAGCCCAUCAGAAAGUCCACACGGGAGAAAAGCCGUACAAAUGUGAGGAGUGUGGGAAGGGCUUCAAAUGGAGCUUGAAUCUUGACAUGCAUCAGAGGGUCCACACAGGAGAGAAACCCUACAAGUGUGGGGAGUGUGGGAAGCACUUCAGUCAGGCCUCAAGUCUGAAGGUUCAUCAGAGUGUUCACAGUGAAGAGAAACCAUACAAAUGUGAUGUGUGUGGCAAGGUCUUCCGCCACUCUUCGCAGCUGCAGUCUCAUCAGCGGGUUCACACAGGGGAGACACCUUACAAGUGUGAGACGUGUGGUCAGAGCUUCCGUUGGCGAUCAAAACUUUCACAUCAUCGCAAAACUCAUGGUGGCAAUACAUUUUAUGAAAGUAAGAAGAGUGGUAAGAACAUCAAAGAAUCAUCAGAAAGAAGUUCUCCAAAAUGAUGCUUAAUAAAACCCUGAAUUCUUAUCAUCAUUGAGUCUCAUAAGAGAGAAAAUACUUGUGUUAGUUUAGUUGGUAUUUAAGCAAUAAUUGAACAUAUCUCAGUUUUCACAAGAUCACACAGUUGAGAAAACUUGUAAGUGGUGUGGUAAGUCUUUGUUCAGAAUCACUUAGGAGGUAGUAGUACUUAGGAAAAGAGUUUGGGCUGGCCUUUAACACAAGUAUAAUGAUGGGUAUACCAGAAUUGAUACCCACUAGAAUGUAAGCUCCAUGAGGGCUGGGACUUUGCUGCUAAAUCUAUACAGCCCUCAAAGCUGGAGGCAUCAUAAUUCUGGACUUCAAGUUAUAUUACAAAACUAGUAAACAAAAUUGUAUGGUACUGGCACAAAAACAGACACAUAG